AAUUCCAUUUCCUAACGUAAAGGAUAUGCAGGUUGACCUGAAACGCAAGUACAACGACCAGCAGCUCAAGUCUGGCAGACCAGUGAUGGGUGGAAAUUCUUGGUACGAGACGCAGGCGUUCCGUGCCCUUAAUCAGGCCCUGGGGAGAUGCAUUCGACACAGGGACGACUGGGGUGCCUUGAUUAUAAUAGACCACCGCUUUUCGCAGCAACCAAAGUUUCAGAAAGCUCUGUCAAAAUGGAUUCGGGAACAGUUUCAGUGCUUUCGGUACUACAAUGAAGCAAUGGAUUCCCUGAAAACAUUUAUGGAGGGCAAAAUGAAGAAGUUGUCCUCUCCGCGUUGUAAAGCGGAACCACGUGGGACAGGCCCUUAUGACUGUAGCAUGUUACCGGCAGGAGAUACAUCAGGCAUGUCUGUCGACCAAACGGAGCCGAUCGAACUCUCUGAUGACAGCUGUGAAGAAAUGUUCACGUCAAGCCCAUCUUGAUGGGGUCUUCACGGGACCAGGCCGUGGUCAUGUUGUUAUCGUGUCCAUUUGUGGCUGCAACAGUGACUAGAUCUUUGUUGGAAUUGACUCGGACCAACGGGUGUGCAUAGUUUGCCCAGAAUGUAGAUAUUUGUACAUUGGGAAUGUUUGCAAUGAGAAGAUUUGCUAUUAGUUAAUUUAGCUGUUUUUUAAAUGACAUUUUUAAAGUGGAUUUUACAAGUGCAUGAAAUCGUUGUAUAAAUUUUUGACCAUUAAUUUAUACAAAUUUAUCUUGUAUGUCGAUUCCAAACGGCCUAUUUCGAAUACUGGAGGCAUUUUUUUAUUAAUAAACGGUUAUUACUGCA